UCCUGCCGGCCGAUGCGACAAUGAUGAGCGUCGCCUUGGAUUCCCCGUCAUCUCAUUCUCUCGCCUCCUCGGCGUCUACGGCGUCUGCGCCGGGCGCCUCUUCGUGUGCGGAGAAGGCUUCCACGUCGGAGGCGCAGGCCCCGGCGGCCCGGUCGACCUCGCACCUCGCUGCCUCAGCGGUCGUCGCCAAGCCGUUCGACCGCAGUUUGUUUCGCGCCUUCUUGACCGCGGCCUCUCGGCUCUUCUGCGACGACGACCAAAUCAUAAUCGUCGACUUUCUCGCCCACCACGAGAAGGCCUACACCGAGCGCGACUUGAUCGAGAGACUCGGAUGGCCCGACCGACGCGUCCGCGAGGCCUGCGCCGCUCUCGAGCGCAUGCAGCUCGUCGCCAAGGAGCAGCUGAGUGGCGUGGGGAGCGCAGCUGCCCGCAGUGAGAAAGGCGCCAGUAGCACGCAAGCCCCGGGGAACGCCGGCCCGAGAGGAAACGACAGCGUUGUGGGAUCGUCCAGUGGCAGCACUGUGAGCUCGAGUAGCGGGGCAGGGGGGUCUUCGUCGCCGAAUCAGCCGUCGACGUCGUCGUCUGUGGGUGCGGGUCAGGCGUCUCAGUCUGCGCCGUUCUACUUUAAAAUAUCUCCUUUUUGUCUGCUCGUCUUCCACUUUCGACUCCAACGCGCGGAACAGCAAGUCGAGGAGAACCGGCGCGCUGCGGAAGGCCGCGAUGUCUUUUUCUGCCCGAAAUGCUCGACCAAGUACGACGCGCUGGAGGCGCAGCUUCUUGACGUAGAUCCGCGUGAUGCGCACUUCCUCUGCAAAUUCUGCGACGAAAAACUCGAACACGAGGAUAGCAAAGUGGCUCUGCAGCAAGCCAUUUCGCUCCAGCAACGCUGUGAAAAACAGCUGCAGACGAUCCGCACUCUCGUUCGGAGAGGCUGGAACAUGGAGGUGCCGUCCUUCCCCCCCUACAGCCGAGCAGAGCGGAGCGCCCAUCGAAACAGACCUGCAGACGAGGCGGCAAAGAGUUCCGUUGGCGCAGGGAGCACAACCGAAAGUGCCGUCGACCGCAGCGGCUCUUCGGGAUCAGGUCUGGGCGCUGACGACACGAUGAGCGACACAAGUCUUCCUGGGGCAGGCACCGUGCAGCUGCAGAUGCGCCAGGGGCUUGCAGGCUCCGGGGAGACAGGCGCGAGGCGGCAGACGCCCGCCUGGGUGAUGUCUGAGCAGCAAGCUGGCGAGGCGGCUGCCUCUGCAUGCGCGUCUCCGCCGCUGGCGCGGUCGGCGUCGGCAGGUGUGAUAUCGUUCGCCGCGGCGGAGGCAGGAGCUCUUGGCAGUGUCUCCUCGCAGGCGCGGCUUCAAGGAGCUGGAUCGGAUGUGUCAGCAGCCAGCGCUCGGCCCGGCACAGCGAGUCAGGGUGCAGGGGGCAGCCGAAACCAGAUCCGGUUCUCCAUGAAGGGAAGUCUCUCUGGAACUGGAAGCAAAAGUGCGUCUGUGUCUUUCGGCUCCAUGACGCGUGGCUCCGUACCGAGGCCAGGUGGUGCGCAACCAGUGCAUGCAAGCCUGAGCAGACAAACCGGUCGGACGUCGCCUGCAGAUGCAGGGAAGGCACCAAGUGCAAGCGAGGCUUCGUCGGCACACUCACAGGCAGUGGAUUGCGUUGCAGCUGCCCACCCGGCCAAGAGACCAAGGGCGGCUGCUGCAGUGGCGAACCGAGAGGCUCCAGAGGAAGACCUUUGUCGGGCGAGAGGCGGCGUGCAUGCAGGGCCAGGCGGACCUGCGGGGCUGGCCUCGGCUGUAGGUGCACACGAAGCCAGUGCCGGGGUGGAGGCUUCGGCGCUCGAGAGGACCGACACAGACGCUUCGGCAGGCCUAGGUGGUGGAGGCAGUUCGGCACCUUUGUUCUUUGUCGGGAAACUAGGACGGGAAAUGACUCUCGAGGAAGCCGCGGAAUUUCAACUGGAAAUGACAGCUGAGGAACAUGAGCGGUUCAUGGAGCUUCAGGCUGUGUAUCUCGAUGACAUCUAA